AUGGAAAAUCAGGAAGCUGAGUUUGACGAUUCAUCCUUUAGUAAAUUUUUAGCAAGAGAGGUUAGUGCAAGUAAUAAACUCAGUGAAAUGGAAAAUCAGAAAGCUGAAUAUGACGAUUCAUCCUUUAGUAAAUUUUUAGCAAGAGAGGUUGGUACAAGUAAUGAACUUGGUGAAAUAGAAAAUCAGGAAGCUGAAUUUGACAAUUUAUUUUUUAGUAAAUUUUUAGCAAGAGAGGUUGACACAAGCAAUGAACUUGGUGAAAUAAAAGAUCAGGAAGCAGGGUCUGAUAGUUCAUCUUUUACUAAUUUUUUAAAAGAAAUCGAAG